AUGGCGGGUGGUAGGGAACGUGCUGUUUCAGAGAGAACUUUAGUUUGCCUCCUACAAGCUGUACAAGGACACAGCACCACUGUUGAACUACGCAAUGAGUCCUCAGUAGAAGGUCUGAUUGAAAAUGUUGACGGCUUCAUGAAUAUUUCCAUGACUGAUGUCAAGUUCUCGAAACAGAAUGGACGCGAAGUGAUGCAUUUUCCGACUAUGUUUAUUCAAGGCCGGCAAAUUCGUUACGUUCAUAUCCCUGAUUUUAUUGACAUGAGGAAAGCUAUUGAAGAACAGUUAAAGAAGAUAGAAAAGACGAGGAAAGUUGGUGCAGGAAGACGAAAGAAGAGAGACAGUACAAUAAAGUGA